GGGGCAUGGGGAUGGGUUGGUGAGACGCCGCCGCUUCCGCCCGUCUCCAAAAUGGCGGCGCCCUUUGUCCGUUCCGUGUCAGUCUGAGUCCUGCUUGCCGAAAUGUGACUCACCUGCGGGUCCCGGGAUGGCAGCUAUGGAUUUCCCUCAGCACAGCAAGCAGGUCCUGGAGCAGCUGAACCAGCAGAGGCAGCUGGGCUUGCUGUGUGACUGCACCUUCGUGGUGGACGGCAUUGACUUCAAGGCCCACAAGGCCGUGCUGGCAGCCUGCAGCGAGUACUUCAGGAUGCUGUUUGUGGAUCAGAAGGACGUGGUGCAUCUUGACAUCAGCAAUGCAGCAGGCCUUGGUCAGGUACUGGAGUUCAUGUACACAGCCAAGCUCAGCCUGAGCCCAGAGAACGUGGAGGAUGUGCUAGCAGUUGCCGGUUUUCUCCAGAUGCAGGAAAUUGUCAGUGCUUGCAAUGCUUUGAAGUCUCUCACCGUGUCAGCUGAACCCCAUUCAGAAAGCCACAAGGUCCCUGAAGUGACCGGGGACGAAAAAGCACCUGAAGAAGGUAAAGCAGCAGCAGCAGAAACGUUCGGUGAACUCGACAAAGCUGAGCAGGUCCCGUCCAAGAGACAAGAGGAGGAGGAGGUGACGGAGGCUGCAGCAAAGCCAAAGGACAAAGAGCCUGAGGAGGAGGGCAGCAAGGAGACCAGCGUCAGAGCAGGUCCAGGCGACGCUGUACGGGAGGACUCUCCCUCUGAGAUGCCCAGUAGCCAGCAGCCAGAGGGUACCAGGCCCAACAGUGCCAGCCCGGCUGCAAAGUGCAGCUCCUCCCAGAGUUCAGAGCAAGAAAUGGAGGUGGAGCUGGAAGGGAAGGAGGAAGAGGAGGAGAUGACAGCAGAGGAAGAGGAGGAAGCCAAAAUCUCAGAGGAAGAGAAACCACGGUUGGAAAACGGAGACAACCCCGAGGAUAACGAGUCAGGGGGCACAGACUCCGGGCAGGAGAACUCCGGGGAAGCCAGGCUGCUGCGAUCAGGCACCUACAGCGACAGGACUGAGUCGAAAGCCUACGGCUCGGUGACUCACAAGUGUGAGGACUGCGGAAAGGAAUUCACGCACACCGGUAACUUCAAGCGGCACAUCCGGAUCCACACCGGAGAAAAGCCUUUUUCUUGCAGGGAAUGUAACAAAGCGUUCUCCGACCCGGCGGCCUGCAAAGCCCACGAGAAGACACACAGGUACGGCUUGCUGCCAACCAAGAACAACGUGCCAGUGAGCGCCUGCUCUUCGCUGCAGCUGAGCCCUCUGAAGCCCUAUGGCUGCGAAGAGUGCGGCAAGAGCUACCGGCUCAUCAGCCUGCUGAACCUGCACAAGAAGCGGCAUACGGGAGAGGCCAAGUACCGGUGUGACGACUGCGGCAAGCUCUUCACCACCUCGGGCAAUCUCAAACGGCACCAGCUGGUGCACAGCGGGGAAAAGCCCUACCAGUGUGACUACUGCGGGCGCUCCUUCUCCGAUCCCACCUCCAAGAUGCGCCACCUGGAGACCCACGACACAGACAAGGAGCACAAGUGUCCUCACUGUGACAAGAAAUUCAAUCAGGUGGGGAAUUUAAAGGCGCACUUGAAGAUUCACAUCGCGGACGGGCCACUGAAGUGCCGGGAAUGCGGCAAGCAGUUCACCACGUCAGGGAACUUGAAGAGGCACCUGCGGAUCCACAGUGGAGAGAAGCCGUACGUGUGUGUGCAUUGCCAGAGGCAGUUUGCAGACCCUGGGGCCCUGCAGCGGCACGUUCGCAUUCACACAGGCGAGAAGCCCUGCCAGUGCCUGAUCUGUGGCAAGGCCUUCACGCAGGCCAGCUCCCUCAUCGCCCACGUGCGCCAGCACACCGGAGAGAAACCCUACGUGUGUGAGCGCUGCGGCAAGAGGUUCGUCCAGUCCAGUCAGCUGGCCAACCACAUCCGUCACCACGACAACAUCCGACCGCACAAAUGCAACGUGUGCAACAAGGCCUUUGUGAAUGUGGGCGACCUCUCCAAGCACAUCAUCAUCCACACCGGAGAGAAGCCAUUCCUCUGCGACAAGUGUGGCCGCGGCUUCAACCGCGUGGACAACCUGCGCUCCCACGUGAAAACCGUGCACCAGGGCAAGGCCGGCAUCAAGAUCCUGGAGCCGGAGGAAGGCGACGAGGUCAAUAUCGUCACCGUGGCCUCAGACGACAUGGUCACCUUGGCCACGGAGGCGCUGGCAGCCACGGCGGUCACGCAGCUGACAGUGGUCCCCGUGACAGCCGCCGUGACGGCAGACGAGACCGAAGCACUUAAGGCAGAGAUAACCAAGGCGGUGAAGCAGGUGCAGGAAGCAGACCCCAACACCCAGAUCCUCUACGCCUGCGACUCGUGUGGGGAGAAGUUCCUGGAUGCCAACAGCCUGGCCCAGCACGUGCGGAUCCACACGGCGCAGGCCCUGGUGAUGUUCCAGGCAGACACGGACUUUUACCAGCAGUACGGAGCCGCCACCACGUGGCAGGCUGAGCAAGUGAUUCAGUCAGGGGAGCUGCUCUUCCGAGCCCGUGAUGGGGCGGAGGUGCAGACCCCCAUGGCUGAGGAGUGCCAGAACCCUGCAGAGUGAAUCAGCAGCACCGGGCCAGUCAGGACGCCCCCAGGAGUGGGGACCAGGAGAGGAGACCGAUCAUGCUACAGCAUUUGGCUACUAAUGGUCUGAAAAAGAAGCAGGAGCGCACAUGGGGGCGCUGCCGAGUCAGCUGCUGGUCACGUCCUGACCAGUUAUUUAAAGACAGAUCCAUGGAAUGAUGUAAAAAAUGUAUUUCUGUAAUGAGAGAAUCCGCACUAAGUUGUGUAAUAUCUAGAGAAAAAUAAAUCCCUUAUUUUCUAAA